AUGUUGGAGAAAGAAAUCGAAUUGGAUUUGCCGGAUAACACGCUCACUAAAAGCUCCAUAAAAGCAGCCUUGUUGCUUCCGGACGAUGCGAUUCUUUCCCUUUCCUAUGAUGUGAAUGGUCACCGCAAAUUCUGUCGUGUCAAUGAUUCUUCAACGACUUUCCUGCUUCCUGAGCAAUUUCCAACUCUUCAUUUCUUUGUGGAAUCAGACAAGGCACCCUCUCGACCUAAUUCUUCCUUGAGUUUCGAAGGGCAUUUGUCCGGCUAUCGGGAGCGUUCUGAGUCGCCUUACGUCUUCAAUGAAAAAUUAGCAGACGAGCUCCGCAACCGUCUGUUUUUCAUCCCUCGAGGACAAAAAGCUCUUCAAGACGAAGAGGAAACUUCUGUCGAACUUAAAGGAGAUCUUGUCGUUGAUGGUGGUUGCGCUUCGCCUAUUUCGUCAAGGGCUGUUGUGACAUAUGCACACAAGUCACACAAAAUACUACGAGAGUACGACGAAUCAAAGAAUGAUGAAGACAAUAAGCACAGUCUUGUUGAAAUAAGACAUGCGGAGAAUCCCCGUAUUCGACAUAAAAUGAAGGUCAUUGUUGUCGACACUCACCACGACUUUGUGAUUCUUCGCUCAGUGGACGGAAGGGAGAUCUUCGAAGACUAUCCUUAUAUCAUGCGUCCACCGAAGAAUUUUGAGCCGUUUAUCGGGUUCGGUCUGAGUCAUGAGACUAAAGAUGGACAGCAAAUUACUCAUCGACAUGGUCGGAUAUGUUCCGAGUCCACGGACUACAGAGGACGGUUCUUGGCCAGUUCUUCGAUUGAUGGCGGAGACUCCGGAGGCCCAUGCUACGCUGCUGAUCGCGCUCUCAUUGGCAUCAUGGUGGCUUCAACAGCAACAGAUCCAAUCCUCAGAAGGGAAUAUGAUCGAGACAGCAUAGAAGAAGAAAUUGUCGAGGCUUCUUCACAUCCAGCUGAUACCUGGAUCACUCCAGGAAAUUUAAUCAAUGAAGCCUAUAAGAAUUAUCAAGUGAAGCAUGGUCUUUCACGCGUUCCUCGACGGGAGAGGAAUCUGAGCGAACCGAGAGCAAAGCGCCGAGCAAUGGAAAUUUUUUGA